AUGGGCCGCGGUGGAUAUAACGGUGGUAGUGCAUCUGUCGACGCGCCAAAAAGCGGCAAUCCUUACAUCUUCGCCGCGGACCGAGAGCUAGACGCCAAUCUUCUUCGUCGCUCACGUAUUGUUGAGGCCGGAGACGGGUUACACAACGAGCACGGCGCCGUGCAAAGCGAGUUCGGAUACAUUCUUAGCGUGGAACCAACAGUAAAUAGCAAGCAACCUGCGCGAGCCAGCUUUGUGAGAAGAAUUCUAUCGAUUUUUAGAAAGACGGACAGGGCUAGUAGCGAAGUCAAGCCAAACAUCAAGUGGGUGUCAGCGUCGCAUCUUUACCAUACAGCUCCUGACGGCUUGGGCUUGGAUCUGGCGAACAAAUAUCAUCUGGAAAAUCCGGAAGCACCAACACCUUGGGGUGAUCAAUACUGGAGGUACGAGUACAACUAG